ACAAUUAACUGUUACUUCUUAUCUAUUCUUGCUUAUUUUUACCCGACCAGCCAACCACCAAUCACAUUGCUGGAACUCAGGAUUUUCCGUUGAGCAUUUGCUUGAAAGGCAAGGAUGUAAUGAUAAAUUCUGUUGUAGAGAAGGCUAAGAAUAUCUGAGAUCAAAGGUUCCUCAUCUUGAGAGAAACAACUCAAGGCAAAAUUACAGAGUCUUCUGUUCCUUGCUCAGAAACCUACAGAGAAAUAUUGAGGAAACAUCAGAUGAUGUGUCCUCCAAGAGUUCCACAUGGGGCCCUUGAUACAAAAGGGAAAAUGAGAGCCAGGCCCUCCUCUGGGCCGUGGAGAGUCUCUGAUCCAACUCUGUUCCAAAUGACCUUGGUCGCUGCUCUGUUGGCAACUGUUCUUGGCAAUUGUGGUCCUCCACCUUAUUUACCGUUUGCUUCUCCGAUAAAGAAGUUGUAUGACACAGACUUCAAAACUGGAACUACACUGAGAUACACCUGCCAUCUUGGCUAUAGUAAAAUCAGUUCAAGUUCAGUUACUUGUAAUGAUAGAGGCUCAUGGGACUAUAGUGCUUUUUGUGCUAAGAAACGAUGCAGAAGCCUAGAAGACUUACCCAAUGGGAAAGUGGAAGUUAAGACAGAUUUUCUUUUUGGUUCAACUAUAGAAUUCAGCUGCUCAGAGGGGUAAGUAUAAGGCAAUCCAGAAGCAAUACUUUUCUUUUCAAUUAGUUUUUAUAAGUAGGUAAAGUAUUCUCAUGUUUCAAAAAUAAAAUUUUGUAAAAAGGUAUACAUCCAGAA